GUUUUUUCAUACGAAAACUCCAAACAUGCUAUUUGUCGAAACAUGUUGUAUCUACAAGGGCAGAGAGAGCUUUACUUUUCAGUGGAGUAUAAAUUUGCGUGACCUCAGGUGCUCACCAUUCGGUACACUGAGACAUAUAAUACUUUAGCAGUUAAAUCAUUAUUUUAAUACGACUUACUUGUUAGGUUGUGAAUCAGAAGUAUGUUAUGCUAACUAGCUGGAGCUACCUGGAACUGAUAAAGUCAAGUUGUGAAGUGGUAUCAUGUUGACUGAAUUACUGCAAGGUGCUGAUACUGGAGGGGUUCUUAUUAUUCAAGAUUCUACUAGAUGUUGUGGUCGACACAUCCUGAAGAGCUUUAUCAAUGCAGCAUUGAACAGAGAUGAAGCUGUCCAUGUCCUUGGCUUUGAGGUUGGUGAGGAGGAAAUAAAAGAUGGAUUGAAAGGCCCAUCCAUUGAGAGGCUACACUUUCAUGAUGCUUACACAGACCCUCUUGGCUGGACUGAUCAGCCAGCUUUUACAGCUCACCAGUUUUGUUUGGAGAAACUUUCACAUCUGGUCAAACAAACAACACCAUCAAAACCUGCUACCUUAGUGAUUGACUCUCUUUCAUGGAUCUUGAGACACCACCGUGCUCCUGCUGUUUGCAAAACGCUACAUGAACUCAGAAAAGGGGGAGCUGUGAGAGCUAUUAUUGCUCUGCUUCAUGCUGAUAUGCAUCCGAGGGGGACUGUGGGAAGUGUAUGCCACUUGGCUACUUCAAUCAUUACCGUAGCACCUGGGAUAAAGGGAGAUGAAGCACUUGCCAGGAUAACAAAGCGCUCAAAAUCUGGGAAAGUUACGCAAGAUGAGGAGAUUUUUAGCAUCAAUGAGGAUUUUACAGUCAUAGUACAGAGCAAGCCCAGCCACCUUGGACCUAAACAAACUGACACAGAGGAACAGGAGGCAGAUCCAACUGCAAACCUGACCUUCAAUCUUCGACUGUCAGAAACAGAGCGUGAAGCCAAGGAGAAACUUGCACUUCCCUUUGUCUUCAGCAAAGAAAAGAAAACCGCUCUGCUGCACUCCGGGCCAGGUUCAGGACGGAUUCUCUACGAACCGGAUGCAAACGAUGACUACGACCAAGAGGACCCCGAUGACGAUCUUGAUGUGUAGCAUUUUGUGUAUGAAACUCUCUGAAGAUACUUUUUUUUAUUUCCUCCCCUUUACAACACAGAGAAUAAAGCCUUAACAUGAUCAUAUGGAGGGUUAAACAUCAAAAAAUACUGCCCUAAAAAUCUCUAUUAUUGUUGCUUAACAGGAGGGUUUUUCUUGAAAUUAUUGAACAAAUUGUGUUUUUGUAUUUCACUGAAUAAAUAUAUGCUUUAA